AAUAAAUUAUUUUCUAUACUUAAUAAUAUUAUAAAAUACUAGUGAUAAAUUAGAUUUAAAAAGCAACAAAUAUAAAAUGGAACAACAAAGAAGAUAUUUUUUAUACCUUGCAAUCACAUUAAAUUUAUUAAUUCCAAAUAUUUUUGGCUUAUCAUCUAAUGAAAUUGAAGAUGAUAUUUUCGAUGAUGUCAAAAUAUUUACUGUGGCUAGUGAACCAACUGAUGGUUACCUUAGAUAUUUAUGGUCAGCUGAUCACUAUAAAAUUAAAUUUACAACAUUAGGUAUGGGUAAGAUAUGGAAUGGUGGGGACAUGAGUAGUGUUGGAGGUGGUCAAAAAAUUAAUUAUCUUAAAGAAGCUGUUGAAUCAUUAAAAGAUAAGAAAAGUACCAUAAUAAUGUUUACUGACAGCUAUGAUGUCGUAUUUGCAACUGGUUUAGCUGAUAUAAUAAAAAAAUUUAAACAAACUGGAGCUAAAAUAUUAUUUGGUGCUGAACAUUAUUGUUGGCCUGAUAAAAUGUUAAUAGAAAAAUAUCCAGCAGUUGGAGCUCAUGGUGCAAGAUUUUUGAAUUCUGGGAUGUUUAUAGGUUAUGCUCCGUAUGUGUACAAAAUGCUAACAUCAAUUGAUAUUAAAGAUGCUGAAGAUGAUCAACUAGCUUAUACAAAAUUAUUUGUUGAUAGUGAAAAACGAAAAACUCUUGGAAUGGAAUUGGAUUGGAAAUCAGAAAUUUUCCAAAAUUUAUAUGGUGCAUCCGAUGAUGUUAAACUUGAUAUUGAUUUGCAAACAACCGAAGGAACCCUCCGUAAUAUUCAUUUUAUGACAACACCAAGUGUUAUACAUGGCAAUGGAUUAAGCAAAGUAUUUUUAAAUGCAUUAGCAAAUUAUCUUGGUGGUACAUUCAAAGAAAGAAAUUGUUUAAUAUGUGAACAAGGAAAAAUUACGUUAGACGAAACUAAUCUACCAUCAAUUUCAUUAUCAAUUUUUGCUGAAAAACCUGUGCCAUUUUUUGAAGAAUUUCUUGACAAAAUUUUAACUAUUAAUUAUCCUAAGAAAAAUAUUCAUCUAUUUAUAUAUUGCAAUGCUGCAUAUCAUGAUCCUUUAAUUAAAACAUUUGUUAAAUUAUAUGGACCAGAAUAUAAAUCUCUUAAGUAUAUUUAUUCAGAUGACAAGAUUAGUGUUGAAUCAGCUAGAACAUUGUCCAUACAACUUGCUAAAGAUAAAAAGAGUGAUUACCUGUUUGUCGUCGAUAAUUUCGUACAUUUAGAUGAACCCGAAAUUUUAAGAGACCUCCUAAUUUACAACAGAACAUUUAUCGCACCUGUAAUAGCCCGAACAAAUGAAUUAUGGAGUAAUUUCUGGGGUGCUUUAAAUGAUCAUGGGUAUUAUGCCAGAUCUCAUGAUUAUGUUGAUAUUGUCAAAAGGGCGUUAACUGGAAUGUGGAAUGUUCCUUAUAUUUCAACAGCUUAUUUAGUUAAAAGUUCUGCAUUCGAUUCUUUAAAAUAUAAAAAUAAAGAAGUUGAUCUGGAUAUGGCAUUAUGUGAAGAAUUAAGAUCAAAGGGAAUAUUUAUGUAUGUAACAAAUGAAAAAUAUUAUGGACAUUUGGUUGAUUAUGAAGAAUUCAAUACACAAUUGACGAGCCCGGAUUUCUAUCAACUUUUAAAAAAUCCUAAAGAUUGGGAACAACGUUAUAUUCACGAAGAUUAUCAAAAACAAUUAGAAGCUGGUUUUAAACAUAUGCAGCCAUGUCCAGAUGUAUAUUGGUUCCCGAUUGCAACUGAAAAAUUUUGUGAUGAUUUAGUAAAUAUAAUGGAAGGAUUUGGUAAAUGGUCUGAUGGUACAAAUUCUGAUGAACGACUUCAAGGUGGUUAUGAAGCAGUUCCAACACGUGAUAUACAUAUGAAUCAAGUUGGUUUAGAAAAAUUAUGGUUAGCAUUCUUAAAAGAUUAUGUAAGACCAUUACAAGAAGCUGUAUUUUUAGGAUAUUAUCAUAAUCCACCAAGAUCAUUAAUGAAUUUUGUUGUAAGAUAUAGACCGGAUGAACAACCAGCAUUAAGACCACAUCAUGAUUCAUCAACAUUUACCAUUAAUAUUGCCUUAAAUAGAGCUGGAAUUGAUUAUACAGGUGGUGGUUGUAGAUUUGUAAGAUAUAAUUGUUCUGUUACAGAUACAAAAAAAGGUUGGAUGUUAAUGCAUCCAGGUCGUUUAACACAUUAUCAUGAAGGUUUACGUACAACAAAUGGCACAAGAUAUAUUAUGAUAUCAUUUGUAGAUCCAUAAAUUUAAUAAAAUAUUAUAAUAUCAUUUAAGAUUCAUACUAUUAUACAAUAAAUAUUUAAUUUAUAAGUUUUAUAAAUUUUAAAAAGAAUAAAUUUCAAAAUUUUAUACAAGAAAAAAAA